CCCGAAUAAGAGUGUGUGUCCCAAACCGGCUGGAACUCUUUCCAACGUCUUCUGUGCAAGCGAGCGGCAUCCUCGACGCACCGGGACUGUAUCAUUCCUCGGCGGGAGCAAAAGAGGAAUGCCAGCAUUUACACCACAUUAGACAACACCUAUGAAGUUACAUUUGCGGGCGUCAUCGCCACACCUCCUCCACCUCAAUAAAUGAAGUGGACUUCUUGAAAGAGUUGACCCUUAAUUUGACUCUGUCGUUAUCAGUGAUGUCUGGCACUGUCUCACAAACCGACCAAGAGGAGGACUACCGCUUCCUCCACAGCACGUUGAUGGAGAAAAAGCUCCACCUACUUUUUAAGAUCCACGAGCGGCUGCGGCGCUUCGUGAAGCGAGGACCCGCCCCCGUCGUCCAAGAGCGUGCAACCAGUCUGGCCUCGCAUUUAUUCGAAGAUCUGAGCCACCAUAAAUGGAGAGAGGACGUCAAAGAACUUUUCGCCCUCUUUUCUAAGCCUCACUUCAAGAGUCUUUUGUACAUCCAUGAUGCAGUAGCUCAGAGGGAUUAUGAGCCUACUCUACCACGAGUGCCUGAUGGCAUAAUUGACGAAGACGACGAUUCGGUCAAGAUUGUCAGUCUGGUCAAAACCAAGGAGCCACUGGGUGCUACAAUUAAGAGGGAUCAAUCCACAGGGGCGAUUGUUGUGGCGAGGGUCAUGCGAGGAGGUGCUGCCUACAAGAGUGGGCUGAUUCAUGAAGGAGAUGAGCUAAAAGAAGUCAACGGCGUCUCACUGGAUCGCAGGAAGCCAAAAGAAAUUCUUCCUCUGCUGGCACGCUCCCGGGGUGACGUUACAUUCACAAUUGUUCCUGCCUUCUCCAAGCAAGACGUGUCAGUCAAUAAAAAGCCGUUUGUAAGGGCUCUCUUUGACUACAACCCACGUGAGGAUCCCGCUGUCCCAUGCAAGGAUGCAGCAAUUGCUUUUAAAAGAGGCGACAUCCUCCAGAUUGUCACCAUGGAGGAUGACACCUGGUGGCAGGCCUGCCGUGCGGGCUGCAGGAACACGCGAGCGGGGCUCGUCCCCUCACAGCAGCUGCAGGAGAGGAGAGUUGCACUACAGCGACCCCAAACCUUGUUCCAGCGCCAGCAAGUCAAGGCAGCAGUUUUUCCAGUCGAGGAGGAUGUUGACUAUGGAGCUAUAACUGGAAUCUACAUCGCUGGUUUAAGACGAAGUUUCCGUUUGGGCAAGAAGAGCAACUGGGUCAAAGAAGCAACUCGGUCCAGAAGGUGGAGCUCAGGAGUUCGUGACUCCAUUUGUCCACCUACCUACAUAGAGAUGAUCCCAUACCAGAAAGAUCCUAAAGAAAGACAUCGUCUGGUGGUCUUGGUUGGGCCCAGCGGCGUUGGCGUUAACGAACUGAAGAGGAGGCUCCUGAUCUCAGAUCCUGACCUCUAUGGUAUAACCGUACCAUACACCACACGAGAGAAGAGAAGCCAAGAGACCGAAGGGAUGGAUUAUCAUUUUGUAUCGGUCCACAAAUUCGAAGAGGACAUUCUCAACCGCAGGUUUAUAGACUAUGGGACACACAGAGGCCACUACUAUGGAACGAGUCUGGACUCGGUUUACCGUGUGAUAGCAGAGGGCAAAGUGUGCCUACUGGAUGUUCACCCCUGUAAACUGAAGCGUGUCUACACACUUGAAUUCCAACCAUUCGUGGUAUUUGUGAAACCCCCGCAUAUCGAGGAGUUGCGCCUCACCAGGAGAAGAGCGAAAUUCAUCUGUGCUGAAGAGGACCCGAACCAAGUCAGGAUGUUCUCAGAGGAUGAUUUUGAAGAUAUGAUUCAGUUGGCCGAAACCAUGGAAGCCCAGCACGGUCACAUGUUUGACAAGGUGAUCGUUAAUGGAGACCUCGCCACGGCCUUCAGAGAGCUUAAGGCGGACCUCCAGCGGCUUCAAGAGGAAGACGUCCGCUGGAUUCCCGUAGAGUGGCUUUGCUCCUCGCCAACUAAGGUGAGGAGGAGCUGUGGUCUUCUGGCAGGCUGGAUUUGAACUUGAGAUCACAGGGGAAUGAUGGGAAAUAAUACGCAACACCACCACUUAUAAUUGUGUUAAAUCAGUAACACAGCGGUUAGAGACCGGGCCAAACCGAGAAUAGCAAAAAUCCGGCACAAUUCAUCUGCGAAUAGGUGACGCCGCGAGGGCUGAACUGCGAGUAUGCAGAUGUCCACUGUACAAUACUUUCUGCUCGUCGUAUAAUUCAUUUCUGUCGUAUUUGAAAAGUUUUUCCAUUCGUAAACAAGGCCUGUGAUCAUCGCAGGAAGAGUGUUCCAUAGCUUUCCCUGAACAUAUACGUAGUUAAUUAGGUAACCAGACGACUCCAGCCAUUUAUGUCGCAGUGCCAGUUUUCUAUUGGCAUUUGACUGAAAUAACGUCGGCUCGAACAAUUAUAUUGGAAAACAAAAGUUGGGAGGAGUGGUUUUGGGUGGGAUUUGCAGAGCUUGCGGUUGAGCGUAACCUUUCCCUGCCAAGUCGCAAACAUUUGCAUGGAAUUUUUAUGACAGUUGCUGCACUUCAAUUAACAUAAUGUCAUGUGCACGAGAGAAAUAUUAGUAGCAGGCGUAGAAUUUAGAGGCAUAAACAACAAAACAUUCCCCCAAGUCCUGCAGAAGACCGUGCUCAUUCCAUUUAAUAUUGCAUGGGGAGUAUGAGGAGUCUUCUAAACAUUUCUACUAGAAAAUUUUAGUAAGCGGUCUUUUAUUUCUGUACUUUGUUUGUAAAUGCUUUUUACAUUGUAUUCAUGUAAAGGACAUUUAGUUACCUUGUGUAUGA